AUGGAUAAUUCACUAUUAAAACACGUUAUUAGAAAAUGCUUUAUUCAGCUCUCGGAAAAUAUACAACCACGUUAUAUUUGUGCACAUUUGUACACGAACAAUGCAUUGGAAGAAGAUGACUAUUUGGCAAUUCUUGAUUCGAAAGAAAGUCAACAAAAAACUCAGCAGUUUUUACUGAAAUUACCAAAGAAAUGUACUUUUGAAAUAUUUCGGGAUGCUAUUUCUCAGAAUUACGACUUUCUAUUGAAAGAUUUAGACCAGAGCCGUCUAGAAUAUGUGACAUCUAAAAAGACAAGCCCCGAGAAACCAACGAUCAUCAACAUCAACACCAAAGCACGACUGGUGGCCGUCAAACAGUACUACGAUAUCAAGCGCAGACACUGGAAUGGAGAUAUUGCCGUUUUUGAACAUUUUAUUUCCACCACGCGUCAAAUCUACCAAUCUCAAAUAGAUGAUAUCAAAACUUGUAAUGAUUUCCACUCAAAAGAGUUUUUAAACGGACUUCAUUACAGUUUGACGAAGAUUGCAGACCUUUAUUUUAAAUCGAUGAUAUUGAAAUGGAGACACGAAAUAGGAAAAACAAAGCCGACCAUUCCUCGCAUGCAAGAGAUUCGCGCAAUCCUACAUGACAUUAUCCCUAAAACAUCGGUACCCGCGCUGUACAAUAUGUCACUGUGUGCUCAGUAUGCUUUAGCGAUGCGUUCUGUUGGUGAUCUAGACGAAGCAUUACGGAAUGUUUACACUGCUAAACAAGUAGGUGUAGCUAUACCAAACUGUCGAGAGAAAGUAAGUAUUCUUUCUACCGAAUCGAACGCAGAAUGGGAAAGAAGUGCGCGCAAAGGUUGGAUAGAUUCUACUGAAAAAGAACGACUUAUCGGUUUGGUGAAAGAAUCCAGGCUUGCAAAUCGGGAAUUAAAUUCAACAAAUCCCACAGCUGACAGCGAUGAUGAAACCAGAGCAGCACAAGAUUUUGAUAAUGCUACAAUUAUUGUGGAGGCUCUAAUUAGAGUUGGGAUUGAUGACAAAGGAAAAAACCUUCCUGAAGUGGACGUUACCGAAACAGACUUGGAGGAGGCUGACCGUUGUUUGGUCCACAUUGAGCAAAAAAGAAACUGGCACAAACUUGCAGAUAGAUGGAAGAUUAUCUUUUUUCUUGCAAAGGCAAAAAUGUCCCAUUUUCAAAAUGUAUCUACGGAUACAAACAUGUACAUUAAAUGUGCAAUUGAACAUACUGCUAAAGUGCCAUAUUUAUCAGAAAUUAAAAGAAAUGCCGAUAAUUUUCAAUUAUAA